AAGCUCCGACGCUAUCACUCGUGAAGUAAUGACCAUUUCCAAAAUCAGCUUCCUUUCUCCGCAAAGCGUCCCAAAAUUCUCUCCCUCCCUAAAAACUGACGCUUUUCAUCUCUUCAUUGACACUUUCACUAUCAAUCAAUGGCACCAUACCAUUACAAUCCAACUUCAAAGAAACCCACAAAUCCACUAUCUCUCUCUUUAACUUCCUUCCUCUUUCUAUCUCUCCUUUGCUUCAUUUCCCUUCUUCUUGCUUUCUCUCUUUUCAAAUCAUCCAUUCCCUUCACCUCUUCUUCUUUGCAAGAUCUUCAUUUUGUAUCGAUAAACCCAUCUUCAAAUUCUUGUGAUUUCACAGAUGGGAAUUGGGUUUUUGAUCCUACCUUUAGAUCCACUCCUUAUGAUCAUACGUGUAAGGAGAUUUUCAAGGGAUGGAAUUGUAUUUUGAAUAACAAGUCUAAUGCUUUGGAUAUUUCUAAGUGGAAAUGGAAGCCUAAAACUUGUGAUCUUCCUCAGUUUGAUGCUCUAAGAUUUCUUCAACGCUUCAGGGACACUAGCAUAGGAUUUAUAGGUGAUUCACUGAACAGAAAUAUGUUUGUUUCUCUGUUUUGCACUCUGAGGCAAGUAUCAAGUGAUGUGAAAAAGUGGCAUCCGGCUAAAGCUGAUCGAGGAUUCACUUUUGUUCAGUACAAUCUUACAAUUGCUUAUCACCGCACAAACUUGUUAGCACGAUAUGGUAGGUGGUCUCCUAAUGCCAAUGGUGGUGUGCUAGAAUCUCUUGGAUACAAGGAUGGAUACCGAGUUGACAUUGAUGUCCCUGACAGCAAAUGGGCUGAAGCUCCUGUCUUCCAUGAUGUUGUCAUCUUCAAUACUGGUCAUUGGUGGUGGGCUCCUUCCAAAUUCAACCCAGUAACGUCACCUAUGCUCUUCUUUGAAAAGGGGACUCCCAUAAUGCCUCCAAUUGCUCCUGAUGUUGGUUUGGAUAAGGUCUUGAGACAAAUGAUAUUAUAUGUAGAAAGAAAAAUGCGACCCAGUACAAUAAGAAUAUUCCGCACACAAUCUCCUAGGCAUUUUGAGGGAGGUGACUGGAACCAAGGUGGUUCUUGCCCGCGCUUAAAGCCUUUGGUGUCACAAGAGGUUGAAGAACUUUUCAGUGUCGAGAAUAAUGGAACCAAUGUUGAGACACGCCUCGUUAAUGAUCACUUGUACAAGGCCCUCAAAGGAUCGAGUUUUCAUGUAUUGAACAUAACCCAUAUGAGCGAAUUUCGAGCAGAUGCUCAUCCAUCAAACGCCGGUGGAAAGAAGCAUGAUGAUUGUAUGCAUUGGUGCUUACCUGGCAUUACAGAUACAUGGAACGAUAUAUUUGCUGCGUACUUGUACAAUAUAUAGGAUAAAGAAUGCCUACAAGCAAGACGCAGAAGAAAUUAAUCUUCGAUAGCUGGUCACAAAAGCAGAUCUCUAAUUUGUUAUCAAAAAUGGUGACAGG